UGAAUAAAAGAAUAUCUGUUGUCAAUAACGAUCGAGUACUAUAAUAAAUAAUCCAAUAUGACAAUGUAAUGAGUCGUAGCGUCGGACGUCGAAUGUAUCCAUAAAAAAAAAAAAAAAUCAAAUAACAGCAAAUAAGAUAUGGAGUGCGUCGAGGUGACGGAAUUCGAUUCAGACACCCAAACCGAGGAGCAGACGGAGCUUUUAGAUGUGAUGGUGCUUAAGACUUGCGGACAAUUGGUGUUCGACUUGUUAAGGAGGUGCAGAAACAACGACGAGCCGUCAACAGACUGUGACAGCUGCGAUACGAUAUCAUCGUCGAUCGGCACCGCAGACAAUUGCGCGUCGUCGAAUAAUAGCAUUAGAAGCAUUGGAGAGACGUACCUCAAUGUGAUGAUGGACCGCGCAUUUGACAUUAUUUACGAUGCGAUGUCACACGAUCUGGAAAAAGCCGAACGACAUUAUCAGGUGCCACCAAAACUUCAGCUGUACAAUGAGCUGCGCAGUUUCGUGCACUAUUAUAAGUUACAUCAAAUCAACAGAUAUGUUUUUGGAGAUGAACCAUACCGGGAUUGGGGACUACACACUACGGAUGCACUGACAAAGGUCCGAGAAUGGCGUCUAAAAUUUAUCGAUGAAUCUAAAGUACCCAAUGGUUUGAUGGAAUCUUACAAAAUUGCAAUUGCUAAAAACAAACUGCAUCCAUUUGAUGUUGCAAUGGUCGCAUUUGCCGUUUUUGGUUUUUUACUAGGAUACGAUAGCGUUACUGAUUACAACAUUUUGUAUAUGUUUCGCAAAAUUGAAGACAUUUACAAACCGCUAACUUUUCAAUAUGUUCAUAAUUCCGUGCUGCGAAACAUUAGGUUUUUUUUGGUAGAUUACGCUUCAGCAGAAGAUAAAACAUUUUUUGAAUCUUUGGCUGAAAAUGCAGAUAUCAUAGCUAUGUUUAAUUGGAUAUUUGAUUUAAUAGCUGAGCAUCCCGAGGCCGUCGAUAAAUUUACUGUAAACCUAUUCUCUGACGUCCAAAGUGCUGUAAGUCUAAAUUACGACGUCAAUGGAAAAAAAAUAACUCCCAGCUAUAAAAUUAAGUUACAAAUAUUUUAUCGAUGGGUUACAAAGGAAUUUUUCGAUUUGCUGAGUGGUAAACUUCGAGAUCGAAUGUCAUUAUUGGAUCACCACAUCAAACAAUGCCUAUGCUGUUUAAGUGAAAGAUCCUGGUUGACAUUAUUUGAAAACGUCUAUGUGUACGCAUUGAAAUAUUUCACAUCGAUCCUCAAUGAAUACAAUUGUCCCGAACACGUGUUGCGGACUUUCCUUGAUAUGUGGAACGACGAAACGUUAAAGGAUAUUAUCAGGUUUUGUGUAAAUAAACAGAUUGUUGACAACGCCUAUCUAAUGAAUCGUGAUAGCUCUACGGAUUCGAACGAGAGCCUUGGAUCGUCUUAGUAUAAUCAGAGCCGAUUAGACAGAGUUGAAUUGAAGAAAUAAAGUAAAACUAAUUGACGGACACGCUCUUACUAUACAGAAAUAAAUUGUUAUCCAUACCAUUUUAUGAUAUAAUAUAAUAAAAAAUCGAACUUUUCAUUUAUAUAAAAAUAUA